ACCCAUCAGCAAGCUGACACAGCUGCUCUGCGUCCAAUCACCCUAGCAGUGCGACUACAUAUCCUUUCCUCGCUGUUUUCACAUUCUUUUCAUCUCACAGCGAACGAGCAAUGACAGACGCGUUCCCCAUCACUUUGGUGGGGCCUUCUUCAAAGGAGAGGAAGUAUGACCGACAACUGCGUUUAUGGGCAGCCAGUGGACAGCAAGCACUUGAGCAGUCGCGAGUACUACUAGUCAAUUCGGACGGUCCUAUCGACGGAGAAAACACAUCAAUCGGCGGUGUUGCUGGUGUCGAAACGCUCAAGAACCUGGUCUUGCCUGGAGUGGGAGGAUUCACCAUCGUUGAUCCUGCCAUUGUUACAGAAUCUGACCUCGGUGUGAAUUUCUUUGUCGAAGAGAGUAGUCUGGGAAAAUCACGAGCUCAGGAAACAUGUACAUAUCUCAAGGAGCUGAAUCCUGAUGUGGAUGGAGACUACAGAACUGAGCCAAUUUCAGAUCUCCUACAACAAUCUGAUUUCCUCUCAGACUAUAAACUCAUAGUGGUGUCAGGCCCUAUAAAACGGUCAUCUCUCGAUACAUUGUCCAUCUCUGCCGAACAACUUGGCAUCCCUUUAAUUUACACGCGAUCCGUCGGCUUCUAUUCCUCCUUCUCAUUACAACUACCCUCCGAAUUCCCUAUUGUGGAAACACACCCAGACCCCGAAUCUACUCAAGACUUACGACUACUCAAUCCAUGGCCUGAGCUGCAGGCUGCAGCCUCAGCACUCACGAACCUCGAUGAGCUCGAUGACCACGACCACGGCCAUGUCCCUUAUAUUCUCAUAUUAUUACACUACAUCGAAAAUUGGAAAGCCGAACAUGACGGGAAAGCACCAGAAAAUUACAAGGAAAAGACAGCCUUUAGAGAAUUCGUGAGAGCCGGAGCAAGAAUCAACACAGCAGAAGGCGCGGAAGAGAACUUUGAUGAAGCUGUGGGUGCGGUGCUCAAGGGCAUUAAUCCUUGGUCGUUACGCAGUAAUAUUCGCGAGAUAUUCGACAUGGAGCAGUGCAAGAACCUGCGACCAGAUUCAGACAAUUUCUGGAUUAUUGCCGCUGCGUUGAAAGAGUUCUAUGAAAAACAUGCUGUUCUCCCACUUCCUGGAUCUUUGCCUGAUAUGAAAGCCAAGUCGGCAGAUUAUAUCUCCUUGCAGAACAUCUAUAAAAGCAAAGCGAGCCGAGAUAUCAAAGAAGUCUUGGAGACUGUUCGUAUUCUAGAAUCGCAGCUGGGUUCACGACCUACGCCAGUUGCGGAGAAAGAAGUCGAAGUCUUUUGCAAGAAUGCAUCUCAUGUGAAAGUCAUUCGUGGCCGACGAAUACCUCACAUCACCAUCGACGCCAGCCAAACUCUCAAAGCUAUACGAUUCGGGUUUGGUAACCCUGAAUCCGUGAUUUCUGUCUACAUCGCUUUCGAAGCCCUAGACGUCAUUGUAGAUGGAAUCCAAAACGGAAAAUUACCCGCAACAGCAUUAGACGACGAUGCUACCUGGGAUGCAACCCUCGACCGACUAAUAACCACAAUCGCAGAAGACGACAAAUCCUUCCUCGAAGAUAGAGAAUCGGUUCGUGACAACGUGACGAAAGCAGCUAAAGAGCUGCGUCGUACUGAAGGUGGUGAACUGCAUAAUAUCUCCUCUCUGACUGGCGGCUUGGUCUCGCAAGAAGCGCUCAAAGUGUUGACUAGACAGUAUGUGCCGUUGGAUAAUACUUGUAUCUUUGACGGAAUUGGUAGUCGGAGUGAGAUGUAUCGCUUGUAAGACCGGCAGGGUCUUUAGAAGCUACAAAAUGAAUAAAUGAAUGACGAAAUAGCAAGGUUCUAGCACGAAUAGUCAUGUUAUCAAUAAUCCAUUCAGACACAAUCCAGAAAGAAAUAUAGCUUGUACAGCCUGAAUGUAAGGAUAUAAACUUGAUUCAAGCUCCCCCCUUAUAUGCAAAGGAAAAAUAGACCGUCUUUCAAAAUCUUGAGAAUCCAAAAAAUGGCAUGUACAUAUUCUGGCGCCUGUCCGUACUCCUGACCCCAGAAACAAAGCCAACUAUAGAAGACAGGAUAAUGCAUAUAGCCUUGAUAAUCAUGUAAGAAAGGUAGCCCAAACAUGUAAGCCAAAAAAAAAAAAAAAAGUGAAAUGUCAAAAGUGUACAGAGUAUUGAGAAGGUGAAAUUCGUAGCAAGAUCGGCAAUGACGUGAGCAAAGUAAAUGUAACA